CCUUUACAGAUAAAGGUCUAGAGAGCACACUCUACAGAGACCCAACAAUUACGUCUUAACAAUUUCCACAAGAGCACUAGCUAGUCAUCAUCGCUUCAGCAAUAAACGAUCUGUGUUUGCGGUGCUACCACUACACGACUGAACGUGUAUUAUCUGUCGUUUGCUAGCAACAGGUGUGGCGAGGUUGAAGGUGAAGGGGAUGCGUCAAGCUUGCGGCAAGAUGGACCAAGAAGUAGUUUUGGCAAAGCUGAAGAAGGAUGUUCGUUCCUUGCUCAUUUCAUCUAAGAUGGGCUUGGACCCCGAACAGCUCAGGCGAGACUAUGUCCAAAUGUUGGGGCAUCCUAUGCCCCUGAAACUCCUGGGCUUCAGACACAUCAUGGAUAUGGUGAAGGAGAUGCCUGAUGUGGUGUCGGUUAACUUAAGGGUAGAUGGCAGCAUAUUUUUAAAAGCUGUAAGUGACGAAUCCACCCGAAACAUUGAGGAGCUGGUUGCUAAGCAGCGCGUGUCUAAGAGCACCAAGAAGUCCAGGACAGGAGGUGUCGGCUACUUCUCGCCCCGCUACUGUCAACAGUCCCCCGCUGUGGUCCUUCCCAGAAGAGGUCGUGCUCCUUUGGCUGUACCUGCCCAGUUGAGGUCACAGCUCCGCAUUCUGCUCUCCCAGGGUCCACUCAGGUUGUCCGACCUGGAAACCAGCUUCCUGCGCUUCUUCGGCCACCCGCUGCGUGUCUACAACUAUGGCUUCUACUCCACUGGAGAGAUGCUGGAGGCAGUGGCGGACCUAGUCGUUAUCCAGCAGAGCAGGGUGGGCUCAGUUCUGACCCUGAGGAGACAUAUGCUUCCAAGGCCGCUGCUCAGACCGACUAGCUUACCAAGGAGAACUGGACCCGUUAAGUCAGUAUCGCCGAGAACUGUCCAGUCAGCCUCCAAAGGGCCAGACACCAGAACUCAGACACCAAUACCUCCAGUCCUGGUGAAGCAGAGUCCUCUGAGCCAUCCAGCUACUGCUACUACCUUAGACCCUGUUGAUAAAGAGUCAACAACUGUUGGUAACAAGACACAGAUGGCUGAGAAGGACCAGGAAGCGGGCCCAGAGCUCUGUCAGGAAGGUCGGCUCUUUCAGAAACGUGUCCAAAAGCUGGAGGAGGAGCUUCGCCAGCGAAUAGUGGAGAAUGGAGUCGCUGGUACCAUUAGUCAGGAGCUGAAGGACAAGCUGCGAAAGGUUGUAAGUCAGACCAGUGGAAGAUUAUCGGUGCACGAUCUGCCUGCUGAGUACAAGAGGCUUUUUGGUGAGGAUGUUCCAUUGCAACAAAGCGGCUUUGUCAGUGUCACUGAACUGGUCAGUGCCAUGAGUGACACCUUCCACCUGAAACCUGUAGUGGAUGACAAUGGGCAACACUGGAUAGUCAUGGUCAUAAAUGAUGGUGACAAUACGCAAUCAGACUCAAAGGUGACUGAAAGUUCUGGUGAUAGUGGGAAGCUGCCACUUAUGAGCUACUAUUUCAGCUGUGAAGAGUCUCCUUGGGAAGGCAAACUGGAAGGAGACAACGAUAAUAUCGCAGGAGAUUAUGAGAAUGAGGAGCUAGAGACCAAUACAACCAACAAUUCCAAGAAUACCCACAAAAUGAUGUACCCUGCCAUUCAGGUGCAUUGCAGCCCUUCGGUGCCCCUGGACGCCCUGCAGAGUCAACGUCUCAAACUGCCGACACCCCAUGGUGCUCGAGAGCUGGUGGAAGUCCUGGUCGAACAGGUGGAGUCGCCAGGACAUUUCUACAUCCGCUUCAGCGAGAGUGAGGAGUCUCGAGCUAUGGAGGACAUGAUGAUUGCGAUGAGACAAUGUUACACCUAUCCUGAGGUGUCAGAGCGUUACCGCCUCCCUGAUCGAUUUGUCAGACGGGGUCAAGUCUGCUGCGUGUCACCCAGAGGAAUGUGGUUCUACCGGGUGGUGAUCCACCAGAUCAUCAGCCCCACUCAGGUCGAGGUGUACUAUGUCGACUUUGGUGAUAUAACCGUGGUACAGAGCGCCAACCUCAAGUUCCUCAAGUCAUGUUAUUCUGAACUUCCGGCACAAGCUGUUCCAUCAUCGCUGGCUGGAAUUAAACCCACCACUGGCAGCUGGACUGCUGAGGCAAGGGCUUCUUUCCAGAAGCUGUGCUCCGAACGCACCCUGGUGGGCGCUUUGGAUUGUUACACCGGAGAUGUGCUUCAGCUCUACCUGUGUGACACGCAUACUGAUAUCGACAUCUACAUCCACACCAUCCUGGUGAGCCAGGGCCACGGGUCAGCCUGCAGCCCCGCAGCCAGUGCAGCACUUUGUGUCCAAAUCCGCCCAGCGAGUCUCUACCUCGGGGAGGGAAUGGUUGACCUGCCAGAGGUAGAAGAGGUAGCCACUUUUUCACCCAAGCCAGCAAACAUGAUUGAACAGUCCAUGUGGAGUUCACCGAAGGAAACGGGAAGUUUCUUGAUGUCUCAGGUUGAGGAGGAAGAGCUGCCCGACCUGGAGUUUAUUGAGGACAAAGAAGUCAUCCCCCAUAUCCAGGGUAUGGACGCCAACCCAUUCAAUGCUCUAAUAAAUGGUCAAACCUUCAGCUACAGUGAAUUGGGCUGUGCCUUGACCAACAAACCGCCUCCUACCAGCCCUUCCUGUCCGACCUCCAGCCCUCUCGCCCAUCCAGAUUUGAUCCAGUCCCAGAAAAUCCUAACUCACUGUAAAGCUGAUCUUAAAACACUGAGCAUGACUCCUCCACCAACUCCAUCCAGCAUCACUUCCAGCUCCUGCUGUCCAACACCAAAAGAGGAGCAGCACUGGUCCAAAGUCGCUGCCCACUCGUUGGUCAGGCUACCUCCGAUCCUGAGGACCCUGAGCCUCCACACCCCUGACCUGGCCCAAAUCCAUGACUACACUCAGGGUGUACCAGUUUUUCCGCUCCAUCUACGACACUCUGGUCAUCUGUUUCCUCUGUUUGGGACCAGGUAGGACAUGUCUCCUACAUCCAACACAACCAGAAUGAGUCAACGCCCAAAGGAAUGAACAUGUAUUCCAUAAUAACUACUAGUAAUCAUAGUAUCGGGACACUCUGAGAAUCCAGUUUUGAGGAAGUUAAUUUUAAUCUAUUCUAGAUCAGUUAAAUUGUAUGUUAGGCUCUGUUUAUUUGUUUGAUAACUGUAAUUGUAGCACUUUCCUAACAGUUUCGGAAGACAAAAUAAAUACCGGAAAUGGAUGGCUGUUAUUUUUUAAAUGUGAAUACGCUUGUGAAUGCUUUUUGUUU